CUCGGAUCCAGUAGAUCGACCCAGAGAGCCAGAGCCAGAGCCAGAGCCAGAGCCAGAGCCAGAGCCAGAGCCAGAGCCAGAGCCAGAGCCAGAGCCCACACAGACCCAGACACAGACCGAGACCGAGCGGGGCUCGGACAGAGCGAUCCGGAGUCGAUCCCACGAUGACCGACACCCUCCGGACCAGCGGCCAUUCGACCAGUCCACCCGGGGACAGCAGCCAUUUCCGCAAGGGCUGCAAUCCGUACGCUCAGACUGGACGCAGUAAGCUGCAGAGCCAGAGGGUCACCCUCAAUCAGCAGAUCAUUAAAGCCAUGCGACUGCGAGCUGGAGCUGAGAACCUCCUUCGGGCGACCGACAACAGUAAGGUGCGAGAAACAGUGCUGCUGGAACUGAGCUUUGUCAAUUCAAACUUGCAGCUGCUGAAGGAGGAACUGGAAGGAUUAAACAGCUCUGUCGAAGUUUAUCAGAAUGAAAAGGCUGCACUCUGUUUUCCACUCAUCCCACUGGGACUGAAGGAGACAAAGGAAGUUGACUUUGUCACGCCUUUGAGGGAUUUCAUUGAGGAACACUACGGUGAUGAUCCAGCAGAAUAUGAGGAUAAGAUCCUGGAUCUUAUGGACCUGCGGCAGGCUGUCCGCACUCCGAGUCGGAAUGCCCUGGGUGUCGACCUGCUGAUAUCCUACUACAAUCAGCUCAGCUUCUUGGAGAGUCGUUUCCUGCAGCCUAACAAACACCUGGGUGUCUUCUUCACCUGGUAUGACUCCUUUACUGGUGUGCCUGUAUGCCAGCAACACCUCUCUCUGGAGAAGGCCAGCAUUCUGUUUAAUAUUGCAGGCCUGUACACUCAGAUCGGCACCCGCAGUGAUCGCAAGACCCAGGCUGCUCUCGACAAUUCCAUUGAUGCCUUUCAGAAAGCAGCAGGGGUGCUGAAUCACCUGAAGGAAACCUUCACACACACCCCGAGUUUCGACAUGAGCCCCUCGAUGCAGAACAUGCUGAUCCGCCUGAUGUUGGCCCAGGCUCAGGAGUGUGCCUUUGAGAAAAUGGUUCUGCCUGGAAUCCACAACCAGUUCUUCAACCUGCUACGGAUAGCACAAGAAGCUGCCAAGGUGUCUGACGUGUACAGCACUGUUCAUCAGUCCAUUACACAGGCUCCAAUCAAGGAGCACGUCCCUUCAGCCUGGUCGUACACUGUGCAGGUCAAGUUGGAACAUUACAGAGCGCUGGCCCAUUACUUUGUGGCUGUAGCAAUGCUGGAUCAUCAGUUGAAUUCCCGGGAUGACACUGACCAACAGGAGAUGCUUCUCUACCAGCUCUAUGAUGCAAUGCCUGAAGGCCUCGCACCACUUUCCAUUCUGAGAAGCAAAGAGGAACGUAAACGUGUUGGGAAAGCACACUUAAGGAAGGCCAUAAUAGGCCACGAGGAAGCUAUGAGAGUUCAAAAUCUCUGCAAAUCCCUAAAGAAGAUAGAGAUCCUACAGGAGAUCUUGAGAGUAUCUCACAAACGCUCACUCACCAAGUAUUCUGAACAUGAACAGGAGGAUGACUUUGACAUGCUGAAUGCCCCCAAUAUAAUCGCCAAAAGUGAUCAAAAGAUUGAAAUAGUGCCGCCUCAGUUCUCCAAGGUGAAAGUGGGGGAUUUCUUCCACAAGCUGGGGCCGAUUGGUGUGUUCUCAGCGAAACAGAAGUGGACAGCGCCUCGUAAAAUCCAGUUGACAGCAGGAGACAGAGAUCAUGGAUUCACCCUGCAAGGGGAGUCAGCUGUACAGGUUACGAGCUUGGAUCCGACCAGUGAUGCUGCUCGGUCAGGCCUAAAGGAUGGAGAUAUCAUUGUGUCUGUUGCAGGAAAGGACUGUAAAUGGAGCUCGGUGAGUGAAGUGAUUCAAAUGCUGAAGGAAAUGCCUGAAAAUGGAUUAGACAUUCAGGUCAUCAGCCCUCAGGGCCUGGAGACUGCACAGCUGCCCAAGUGUGCGACGUACAGUGGAGGAUUACCCAAAACCUAUUCAUUGACGUGCCUGACUCUGGAUGAUGCAAAGAGCAGGAAAGGCAAGAAAGUGGUGAAGAAACUGUCAUUCCUCAACUGGGGUGGUAAGAACACAAAGAAGACAGCAAGUACAGUCAGCCUUCCCUCAGCAGUAGAUGAUCGUCCCCAGCAAGUUUCCAACAGAGAGACGUUAGAUGGGAGCUGCCUGUACUGAGGGACCCUGCCUAUGACUGGACUCCUGAUUCUAACCCCUAACACAAUGUAGACAUCCUACCCAGCCUCUGCUCUCACUUGCACCAGAAGCCAGAAAAUGAAGGCUUCAAGAAUCAUUGUCUGGACAAGCACCAUUUUACUCCCACAAAGUGUCCUCCUAUCAGAUGCAGUAUGUCUCCUGCUUGAUGUUCAGCUGCCUUAAUCCCAACUCUUGCUAUGCAGCUCACUGAGUUUGAGUGACCAAAAGUGUAACCCUCAUACACAUUUCAACAAAUGAUUACUUUCUUCCCAGAAUGAACCUCUAUCUCUGCCAUCCAAUGUAACAGAGGUGUCCUAGUUCUUGCAUGUUUGUGUUUCUCUUGCAUGCUGCUGCACCCUGUCUGAAGCUUCCAGAUGACAUUAUAGGAUUGAUAAAUGAGGAAAAGAGAGGGCAGGACACUUUGCUAACGCACUCUACUCAGUAGACAGAAGUUCUGGUCAUUGGUCAAUUAACCUCCUGCUUGGUGCAAAUCCCAGAAAUGGUCUCCAAAGGGCCAAGAUAAAUUGACAUCCCCUCUAUCAAAUUAAAGUCUUUUGAAGAAUGAACAAGCAGCUAAUUCCAUUUAAAAAGAGAUUCAAGUGUUUUGGAUUGCUGAGGUUGUAUGGCCAAUACAAUGCUUUGUUAGUUUAUAAAUACUAUCUACAGGGUAGAUUUAAAAUAUUACUGUUUGAUACUCAAAUGAAAAUUGUGCCUUAAUUUAAUUAGAAUAUAAAUCUAAAACAAAGUCUGAUUUAUUUUUGGGUACGUAUCUUUAACUAUAUUUUACUCGGGUCUAUGUGGGUUUAACUUCAGGAAGUAUUUAUACAUUGUUUUGUACAGAGUUUGUCCUAUAUUUAACAGAAAAUCUGACACAUCUUGAUUAUAUCUUCCCACUGAGCUUUGCCCCUCCUGUCCCACUUUGCCUGUACUGUGGGAUGGGGAAGUCCGAUCUGACCAUGUCACCCUGUAGGAUAGGAUCUAUCCCCCCUGGAAUGGCACUUUCUACCUGGUUAAACAGAAGUGCUACUGCCUAUGAAAUGAGGUGGUAGUAAGUAGCUCUUCCAAAUGAAGAUUAUUACUGCUGUCCAUGACAAACUGGUACUGCUCACAAGGAUGCCAUUUCUAUUGGAACUCUGUCCGGUUGGUACAGCAAUUAUACCUUGUACAACACAGAGACACACUUCUGCAACUCAGUCUUCCAGCCAUUGUUUUGUAAUUGGAUUAUUUAUGUUGUGAUUUUUAAAAAUCUCAUUGUACAGAUGUAAUGUGUAGAAAUUAAAGAUCAAAUUAAGUGUAAAA